UUUCCCAAUCGAAUCCCUAUAUUUUGUUAUGUGUUGCUUUACAGACGCUGGUGUUAUAGGAUAUUUUUCGCCCUUUUCACGUUUUUAAUGACGAUCCUGUGGCUCCGACAGACUACAUAGGAGGGCGCCAGGACCCUCCAUGCGUGGAUUCUGUUUUACCGUUAGACAGAAACCGCUCACACCGGGAUGUACUGACGAGACGAGAACACAUAGGAAUCAUAGAUGAGUGCGGCGACGGUGAUGCGCAGGCAGUCGUCGUCCUCCAAUGAAAACGAUGUUCGGAUGCGGAAUAACCGGUCCGGCAGUCAGGGCCCGACCUUGGGGGAGUCGCCGCCAUCAUCUCCAGGAAUGGCCGCGGGGAGGACGACAAGAGGGUGCUGCUUUUGUUGCUUGGCAAUGAAAAGUAACAAUGGUAGCCAGGAACCAAGGGCCAAGGACACGAAAUUAGGAACAAUUCAAGAGAAAGACGACCCCCCAACGAUAGAAGACGUGAAGAGUUGGGGAGAGUCUUUCGACAAACUAAUGAAAACUGGUCGGAAGGUAUUUAGGGAAUUUCUACGAUCAGAAUAUAGUGAAGAAAAUAUGCUAUUUUGGUUAGCGUGUGAAGAUUUAAAGAAAGAAGAAAAUCCUGAAUUAAUAGAAGAAAAAGCUCGUUUGAUAUACGAGGACUAUAUUUCUAUAUUAUCGCCAAAAGAGGUUAGUUUAGACUCCAGAGUACGUGAAGUUAUCAAUAGAAAUAUGGUGGACCCAACGCCUCAUACAUUCGACGAGGCACAGUUACAAAUAUACACACUGAUGCAUCGAGACUCGUACCCCCGUUUUCUAAAUUCACAAAUUUAUAAACGACUCGUACAACAAACAUCAUGAAGUGCAUAGUGAUAGAUAUAUAUAUAUAUUUAUAUAUAUCAUCUCGUGUUCACAGUUCCAGUAGGAGUGAUGAUGAUGAUGAUGAUGUGCGGAGGCAAUAUAAAUUCACUACAAUCGAGCUACCGUCACUUUUCUCUCGCCACUAACGGGUGACCAGUGAGUGACCUUGGAGAGAGAAAACAAAAAUAGAAAGAAAAGAGAAAGAAACGUGUACAGCAACUUCCAGUAUCAUUUUAUUUCCAUGGUGAUAGUGUGAAAGAUAUUUUGCAAUUUUAGAAGAGUUCGGGUGUCGUAAAUUUUGUUUGAAUCAUUACUGUUGUUGUGUAUGAGAGAGAGAGAGAGAGAGAGAGAGAGAGAGAGAGAGAGAGAGAGAGAGAGAGAGAGAGAGAGAGAGAGAGAGAGAGAGAGAGAGAGAGAGAGAGAGAGAGAGAGAGAGAGAGAGAGAGAGAGAGAGAGAGAGAGAGAGAGAGAGAGAGAGAGAGAGUGUGUGUGUGUGUGUGUGUGAGUGUGAGUAGUAUGAGUGUGAGAGUGUGAGAGCGAGUGUAACGUGUUCACUGACAAAUCUGUUCAUAUAUGGAUGUUAGGAUGACUGGGAUUUUUUAUUAUUAUUAUUUAUGUUUUAUUUAUUUUUUAUUUAUUUAUUUUGUUGGGUUUUUUUGUGUUCCAGCGGAAGGAAGGAUGUCUCUACUCACAUUCAGAAAAUAUAUGUAUCAUUUCAAGCACACACGCACACAAAUGGUUUGACUGAUUGUUACCAUUUAUGUUCCAAAGUGUUAAGUGCUUCACCAUGAUGUUGAACACGAAAGGAGUAUAUGAAUCUUUUUUUCUUUCUUUUUUUUUUGUCGUGUGCUCAUUUAAAAGUUGAAUGCCAAACCACGUGUUGUGAAAUGGUUCAUCGUGGUCCAAUGUCUCAUCAUUUUGAUCUCAGCCAAUCACGACCAUCGUUGCUUGUGGACAAAUAUUAGUAGCUUAUUUUACAUAGUGGAAGCUCACAACUGAACUCACAAUCAAAUACACGUGUGUGUACGACGCGCAUGCUGUGGAUACCUUGGCUACUGGAUUCGUCACAUGUUUGUUUGGAUGACGUAAGCAGGAUACCAACGUUGAUCUCAGGAAUAAACCAAACAAAAAAACACAAAACAAACAAACACACGAUAUUGUUACUUUAAGGGCAGAGCUGGGACGAAAAUGUGCAAUAAUUUUUGUCCGUUAGCUUUAUUAUUUCCUUGGUUAUUUUUAAGCAUUUGUGAUUUUACUUAGUUACUUUGAUAUUUACCCGUGGCGAUGUCAUCACUUUACGAAUGUAGUCCAUUUGUCUGCUCCCUCUUAUUUCACAGUGUAAACGUUUAGGCGGGGAGGAAGCAUAAUAGCGAUCGUCUUAUAAUAGAGAUAAUAUACAUGUGCUUGGUAAUGAGGUAUUAUUUCCAUUUUAACUCCACACACGGAUAUACUCUAGAAGAUACAAACAAAAAGUUAACAUACAUAUUUACUACCUACAAUGAACGUCUUUUGGAAAGCACGAUUGUAAUCGUAAGUUCUCUGUUAACAGUGAAGCACAGGCAAGUGCCAAAACCAUCUAAGAAGCAUUUACAAUAUGGCCAGUUUUCAUUACCUUUGUAAUGGUCAAACGGGCUAUUUCGAAGAUGAUCAAAUGUGCGUGGGAGGCAAUUUAGUUUACCCCACCCCCACCUAUAAACAUGUACUAUAAUUAAUAGUUGGUUUACAUUAUAAAAACAAAUUCUUCAGAUCCACCAACAAUUGCUUUAUCCUGGUGCCUCAGUGAUUGCCCACCACCCCCAUUGCCUCCCAUGUAAUCGUUUCUGGAAUGGCCCUACACACUAGUUGAUUUUUCAUUGUAUGUAUUGUAAUGAAACUGUUAGCGAAGAAGAUGCACGUAAAUCAGUACCUCAACACUAAACAGAAUCAAAUGAUUAUGUUUUUUAUUUAUUUCAUCUUUCGGACCCAGGAAAUCAAACUGACAGGAGCAUGGUGGUAACUGAAAUGCAUGAAAUAGUUCCGAAAGGUCGAUGUGAUGUCCUGCGUCAUGGUUGGAUAUUAUUUAAACAUACUGGCGACUAGUCUGCAUUUUCUUUGUGUUUGUGUUUAGGGGUUUUUUCCGGGGUUUUUUUUUUUUUUUUUUUUUUUUUUUUUUUAUAAUUUAU